AUGAAUGACGUCACAGAAAAGUCCUACCUGCCAAUACAACAAUCUGUGUUUGAUACUGGUCACUUUGACGAUUCUGUCAGAAAUAUUCCUGUGUCUUUCCGAAGGUUCCAAAUCAGUUUAUCCAAAAUGUUACCCGCUAAACUUGGGUCUCCCGGGCCUGCCACGUCCACCACGUGUUCGCACAGAUGUGACACUACAGGUCAAAGCAUUGCCCACACAUGCUCCGAUGCUUUUGCACAAAUCAUACCCGCAUGCGUCUACGAGACCGACCCGGCAGGAACAUGCAUUUUGUCUCUGACGACCAACGCCUCGCUGACGUUUGAUGUCACUAUCAGCCAUCCUUUUGAGCUUGUGAAUAGGUUGGACGGAUAUUUCAGAUUUAACAGAAACAACACCGACGAAAUACUAGAACUACAGCAAACAUUGGACGUCGAGACUGUCUACCUUAAUACGAAUAUCACAACACUGGAAAUUCAGUUAAAAGUUUCCUGUAAAAACCAUUUCCAAACGAUGGAAAAUGCGAUGCUGAAUUUAACUAUAAUCGACGACGACGAUAAUAGCCCCUCUUUUGGUCAAGAGGCUGCUGGUACAUGCGUUCUUCCGGUUUUCACUGCUUCUGCGCAUGAGCAAUACAUUGGUCCCUUAACAACAAAACCCAGCUGCAUAUGCGCCACAGACGGAGACUUCAUUACAAACAACGACAUUACUUUAUCAUUCCUACAUGGGAAUCCUCAAGAUUUCAGUAAAUUCUUUGCAGUGGACUUGAUUACAAAUACCAUAAACAAGACAUCUCACACGUCCUCGGACGAUCCAACGGAGUUCACCUUCAUUAUUGAGGCUACAGAACAGUCUGCACAAGGACGCAGCAUGGUUGCAGUUCUAAGUGUUGGUAUUGAGUCUGGCUACCCUGCUGUGGUGACGACUGUACAUAAAGCCAAUGACAGUGUUAAACUAGUCUUACAAGCUCUCAGUGCCAUUAUACUUGCGGGAUUUACUGUUGGUUUUGUGAUUCUUAUUUGGCACAGAAACAAACGCGUGAAACCCAUGACAGAGGUAAAAGACGCCAAGUCUAGUGUCAUUGCGUGUUUCACAUCAAACGGUAUUAACGAAACUGCUCGUCCUGAAAACAACUCCCAGUGCACAAAACAGACAGAAUGGACAUUGGAGGCCAUCGACGAGGAACCGGAACUGAUGUCAAUGUGA